UCUUCUUUUUUGAUGCAGUAUUGAGCUGAAGGACAGCAAGUUGAAUCAUGGCUCAGUGGCGAGAAGAAAUCUUAAAAGGAAUUUCUUCAGUACGGAGAGAGGGAAUUCCGGGGACGAUCGUUGUGUGGGGAGAUAAUGCUGAACCCAUUUUAACUGGGCAGAAAGAGAAAGACAUAUUAAUAGCUGCAGCGGAGUACGGAAAAGGACGGGUCGUUCUCUUUACCCACACGUCCUAUGGAAAUGCCUUUGAGUCCAAUCAAAGUUGGUUUUCCCAGCUCAGAGGUAAUGUGAUUAACUGGUUGGUUAAGGGUCAGAACCCACAGAAUGUGAAGCUUAUACGAGUGAAAGGCGGGACCACAUUUCCAGUUCUGAAAGUUAAUGAAAACAUUGCUAUUGUGCAUUCCUCUGGACGAGCCGAAUCCCCGAGUUUUUUUCAAAAAGUGGAAAACUUUGUUUUAUCUGGGGGAGCUCUAUUUAUUGCUGAAACUCCUUGGGGGUUAAUGCAAAUAACUGGAAUGACAACAGAUUCUAUUCCACAUUACCAGUUCCUCAAAAAAGUUGGACUUUGUUUUACCAAUGAUUAUUUCUCAGGUGACGAACAAGUUAAAGUUCAAGAUAAUUUGGCAUCAAACGCACAUCUUGGAAGACUCAUGCAGCAGGCUCAAGAGAGCCAACAGAAAUUACAACAAGAGGCUAGUAGAAUUACAUCGAUGAUUACUCUUAUACCCAAAGACCUUCUUACUUCCGUCAGCAACUUUCAAGAUUUUUUUGUCAAAUGUGAACAACAAAUUAAGCAAAGCCCUCUACCCUCUCCAAAAACUCCUAUAUCUUCGAGAUCUUCUAAAGAUAUGUUAAUAUUGUAUGACUUACUUCUGAGGGUGAAUGGUGGAAAGGCUUCAGGAAUUGAAUACUUUCCAGGUGAUUUUGAAUCACCACCUUUCUUAACCCGAGCUACCAUUUCCUUAACUUCUACUUUGAAGGAUAUCCAUCCUACUGGUUACUACCUACCUGCUGGACAGGAAAUGACAGUAAUUGUAAAAAACUCUGAUGUUCAAGGAUGGAAACUACGUAUUGGUUGUCAUAGCGACAACUUAACUUACAUUAAUGAAGCAUGGAGGCGCUGGCCAUCUAUAAUGGUUGAACAAGCUCUUGAACAGGGUGAGACAACGAUUUCAAGCCCUUAUGGAGGCCUUAUAUACUUUGAAAGCCCAGAUGGGAAAAAAUCUCUAAAUGUUGAGUUGGAUUCGGUGGUACAGUCUCCCCUAUUUGAUAUCAAAAAUCCAGAAGCCAAUUCACUUUGGCAACAUCGCAGAUUUGCACCAGGACUUUGGGCAGACAUUGUAGGAGAGUAUGUAAUUGUGACACUCCCAUCUUCAGCUAUUCGAAAACUUGAUUAUCCUACAGACGCCAUGACAUUUUGGGAUCAAGUGUUAAAAGCUUACCAUUACCUUCGUGGAACAGAUAUUACUCUACAUCGUCGUCAGUGGGCGGUUCCUGACGAGCAACCAUCAGCAGGUUACAUGCACGCAGGCUACCCUGUUGUUACUCAUAUGGAUGUUGCAGAUCCAAACAGACAAUAUUUUGUGCUCAACACAGAAAAUAACAGGUCUAAGGGAAGCUGGGGAUAUUUUCAUGAAUUUGGUCACAACAUGCAAAGAGGAGAAUGGAGCUUUGAAGGUACAGGAGAGGUAACGUGUAACAUUUUCACAUUGUAUGCUAUGGAUGUGGUAUGUAAUGUGCCCAUAUGGAUUCACGAAUGGCUGAAAGAUCAGUUAGGAGAUAUAAAAAGAUAUCUCCUUGCAGGUGCCAAUUUCAACACUUGGAAAGGCAAAGCUGGAGUGGCAUUGGGAAUUUACGCUCAACUAGCCCAUUGUUUCGGAUGGGACCCCUAUAAAAAUGUUUUUCGAAAGUACGAAACAGAUACUGGUUCAAAACCAGUCACUAAUGAAGCCAAGAUUGACCUCUGGUACACCCGAUUUUCCAAUGCAGCUAACUACAAUCUCGCUCCUUUAUUUGAGUUUUGGGGAUUCCCUCUUUCGGCAUCAGCCAAACAAUCUGUGAGUUCUCUACAACCAUUUAUCUGCAAGGACGAAAUGACUUCCUUUGCACCUGACAGAUUUAACAAAAUAACUUCAGACUACCCCAACAUAUUCAUAAUGACAUUUGAAAUCCCAAAUCUUUCUGAUUCUGACACUCCUAGAAAAUAUAACGGACCAAGAUGUCUUGAAGUAUGAAUAACUGUUCUUGAAAUAACUUGUCUUGAUUGAUAGAUUGCAAUACAGCUACAUGUUGCUUAGCUACUAAUGUUUUAACCAUAAUUACGAACAUAAUAUGCAAAGUUAACCAUUUGAUACGCAGAAAGUAAAAUUUAUUUUUUAAAAGAAAAUCAGAAUAUAUAGAGAGCAAUUUUGAACUGUUGAUCAAAUGUACCUAGUCGUUUAUUAAGUUUGAUUAAUUUUUGUUUUAAAAAUCACAAAUCAAUUGUACGAUUAGUAGAAACAUGUCAAGGACAAAAAUUUAUAAAUCCAAAAAGCCCUUUAUGCUCUGACUUUUCAUUACAUAAAAUUUAAGCCUAGCAAUAACUUUGUUUUUGUUUUUAUUAACAAAGCCACAUUUUCUUAGUUGUUAUAUUUACCGCGGGGGAUCUAGCUCCGAAUUUCAGCGUUGUAAGUCUGUGAACUUACUGCUGUUCCACUGGGAGGAGUACAUUUAGUUUUAUUUCAAGAAAUCCAAAAUGUAUCAAUAUAUGAUUCUAUGAAACUUUGAGUUUGAGUUCGAAAUAUUAUUUUCAGAAACUACUGUGUAAAAGUUCCACAGGUUUGGGAAAAUGAAUGGAAGUAUUUGCAUCAUGGCAGUUGGAUCGAUA